AUGAUCAUUGGCUAUUUGGCUGAUUGUGUUUGUUUCCGUUUGCUUGCUUCUAAAAAUGCCUGUCUUCUUUAUUUUCUGUGGGUUGGGUUUGGUUUUUGUUUUACUUCACUUCUCUCUCUUGUGUAAUGAGCUGAGUUAAUAGAGAAUCUCGAGAUUGGCGUCUCAGAUAAAGACCACUUUUUUCUUACUAUUUCACUGUCCCAACCCUUCUCUCUUCACUUCUAACACAACAAAAAAAACUUGGGUUCUUCAGAUUUACUACUUAUAAUUAUACAAACCCAAAAAAAAACAUAGUUUUAGUUUAGUUUAGUUUACCUUUUGAGACCAAGAAACCACCACUCAACACCAACACUAUCAUAACUUGAUGAAGAAAAAAGGAGGCUCUCUUGCAGGAGAGAGCCUACCCAAUAAUAUUUUCUUGGUUUGAUUCUUGAAAAUAUUAUCUGGGCUUGUGUCGUUUCUUUCAAAUUUUCAAUCUUUAAGGUUGUUUUGUUUUCUUGGUUUGUGUUCUUUUAAUGGCUGUGUCUAUGCAUAAUAUGAAGGAGGCAAAUAUGAUGAAGGAAAUGGACUGUAAUAAGUAUGUGAGGUAUACACCAGAGCAAGUUGAGGCAUUGGAGAGGGUUUAUACAGAAUGUCCUAAGCCUAGCUCUUUGAGAAGGCAACAGCUUAUUAGAGAGAGUCCUCUUCUCUCUAACAUUGAGCCUAAACAGAUCAAAGUCUGGUUUCAGAACCGCAGAUGUCGUGAGAAGCAGAGAAAAGAAGCUUCACGUCUCCAGACUGUGAAUAGGAAGCUGAAUGCCAUGAACAAGCUGCUGAUGGAAGAGAAUGAUAGGUUACAGAAGCAGGUCUCGCAUUUGGUGUACGAGAAUGGAUACAUGCGCAACCAACUGCAUACCGCUUCAGCAGCGACCACAGACAAUAGCUGUGAGUCUGUGGUCAUGAGUGGUCAGCAACAAAAACAACAAAACCCAACACCUCAGCACCCUCAAAGGGAUGCUAACAACCCAGCUGGUCUUCUCGCAAUAGCUGAGGAGACCCUGGCAGAGUUCCUUUCUAAAGCUACAGGGACUGCUGUCGACUGGGUCCAGAUGAUUGGGAUGAAGCCUGGUCCGGAUUCUAUUGGCAUCGUUGCUGUUUCCCGCAAUUGUAGUGGGGUUGCAGCACGAGCCUGCGGCCUUGUGAGUCUAGAACCCACAAAGGUUGCUGAAAUCCUCAAAGAUCGUCUAUCUUGGUUUCGUGACUGUCGAUGCCUUGACACGUUGAGUGUAAUUCCUACAGGAAAUGGGGGAACAAUUGAACUCAUAUACAUGCAGACUUAUGCACCAACAACAUUGGCUACAGCACGUGACUUUUGGACGCUGAGGUACACUACAACUCUUGAAGAUGGAAGUCUCGUGGUGUGCGAGAGGUCAUUGACAACUACAACUGGUGGUCCAACUGGGCCACCUGCUUCAAGCUUCGUGAGAGCUGAAAUGCUCCCCAGCGGCUAUCUAAUCCGACCUUGUGAGGGUGGUGGCUCCAUCAUUAAUAUUGUUGAUCAUGUUGACUUAGAUGCUUGGAGUGUUCCUGAAGUUUUGAGGCCACUUUAUGAAUCAUCCUUAAUUGUUGCUCAGAAAAUGACAAUGGCUGCAUUGCGGCAUAUACGACAAAUUGCGCAAGAGACCAGUGGAGAGAUUCAGUAUGGUGGGGGUCGCCAGCCUGCUGUCUUAAGGACAUUUAGUCAGAGAUUAUCUAGAGGUUUCAAUGAUUCUGUGAAUGGGUUUGCUGAUGAUGGCUGGUCACUUCUGGCUGGUGAUGGUGUGGAGGAUGUGACCAUUGUCAUAAAUUCAUCUCCAAGCAAAUUUACUGGGUCUCAGUAUAGUUCAUCAAUGUAUCCUACUUUUGGAGGAGGGGUACUGUGCGCAAAGGCAUCAAUGUUGUUGCAGAAUGUUCCUCCUGCUCUACUUGUACGUUUUCUGAGGGAACAUCGUUCUGAGUGGGCUGACUAUGGGGUUGACACCUAUUCUGCUGCAUGUCUCAAAGCUAGUCCUUAUGCAGUCCCUUGCGCAAGGCCUGGUGGCUUCCCUAGUAGCCAGGUCAUUUUACCUCUUGCUCAUACAGUGGAACAUGAGGAGUUUUUGGAGGUGGUACGGCUUGAGGGUCAUGCUUUCUCCCCUGAAGAUGUAGCUUUGGCUCGCGACAUGUACUUAUUGCAGCUUUGCAGUGGGGUUGAUGAAAAUGCUAUUGGUGCCUGUGCCCAACUUGUUUUUGCACCUAUUGACGAGUCUUUUGCUGAUGAUGCUCCUCUAUUGCCAUCUGGAUUUCGUGUCAUUCCAUUAGAUCCUAAAACAGAUGGGCCUACUGCAACUCGUACAUUAGAUUUGGCCUCUACACUUGAAGUUGGUGCUGGUGGUGCGCGUCCGUCUAGUGAAGCCGAUGCCAAUAAUUAUAACCUAAGAUCAGUCCUGACAAUUGCAUUCCAAUUUACUUUUGAGAACCACUUGCGGGACAAUGUUGCUGCUAUGGCUCGCCAGUAUGUCCGCAGUGUUAUGGGGUCUGUUCAGAGGGUUGCAAUGGCUAUUUCUCCCUCACGGCUCAGCUCCGGUAUAGGGCCAAAAUCUCUUCCUGGCUCUCCUGAGGCUGUUACUUUGGCAAGAUGGAUUUAUCGCAGCUACAGGAUCCACACUGGGGGAGAGCUCUUCCAUGUUGACCCCCAAGCUGGUGAUGCUUUGUUGAAACAACUUUGGCACCAUUCAGAUGCUAUCAUGUGCUGUUCCUUAAAAACCAAUGCAUCUCCAGUUUUCACCUUUGCAAACCAGGCCGGACUCGACAUGCUUGAAACUACCCUCGUAGCCCUUCAAGAUAUUAUGCUCGACAAGAUUCUCGAUGAAGCAGGCCGUAAGAUUCUGUGCUCCGAGUUUUCUAAGAUCAUGCAACAGGGAUUUGCAUAUCUACCCGCCGGAGUCUGCGUAUCAAGCAUGGGGAGGCCGGUCUCAUACGAGCAGGCCAUUGCAUGGAAAGUCCUGAACGAUGACGAUUCCAACCACUGUCUAGCCUUCAUGUUCAUGAACUGGUCUUUUGUGUGAUCACCAAGAAACUAAAAUACUUAAGAAAACUUAAACCAACCAUUUAUCUAUUAAGUUAUUAUAUUAUAUGUUUCCCUACAUUAUAAAGUAUUUAUAUAUAACAUAAGAUGCUUGAAAACA